GGAGUGUCAAAUUAAAGAAAAAAAAUUCAGGAGGGAAAAAAUUUAAGAUUUUUUUUUUUUAAGUUUAAAAAUCUAAUUGUUAAAGGAGGCCACCGAAAAAAAAAUUCCUAAGAAUGAUCGGGGCCCUUGCCAUCCUCCUAAUUUCGCCCCGUGCUUGCAAAAGUCCGGAGUUGGGAGACUUGUGAUCCUCUUUUUAUGAUUAUUUAUGCUUCUUGUGACGGAAGCCGUGAAUUAGUUUCGCAGCUUUGUGGAGAUCCAGGGUUGCCUACUGUCACUGAAAUUAUUCGGACUGCAUCUUCAGAUUGGCUGAAGUUGCUUCUCUCGAGGAUUUGUUUAGAGGAUGUUCACCUCCAUCGACUCUUGUCAAGAUUAUAUGGUGUGGGUAGUAAUUGUGAUAAUGGAGAGGAAAUUAGUUUAAGUGGCAAUCCAUUUUUGACUGAACAAGCAUAUCUUUGAAUGUUGUGUCGGAGAUUUUGAAUGAGCGACUGAAGGAGAUUACCAUCCUCAACCAUUUUGCUUUGUGCAUUUUUGGAAUAUUCAAGAAAUCAGUUGAAGCCAAUGAGUUUGGUUCAAGAGGUGAAUCUGGGCUUCCGACAGGAUCUGCUGUGAUUGAUGUCCUUGGUUACUCACACGCCAUGUUAAGAGAUAUAUGUGCUACCAAUGGUGGAGUUGGCAUAGACGAGGAUUUGGUUGAUGUUGUUGAUACACUUUUUUCAUCUGGACUUCUUGAUUUGCUCUUAUGCCUGCUUCGUGAACUAGGGCCUCCGGCAAAAAUCAGGAAAGCCUUGAGGCAGGCUGAUAACCAAGAAGCAACUACUUCAUACUUCCCUAAAUUGUGUCCAUAUAAAGGAUUUCGGAGGUACUUAGUUGCUGUCUUAAGCAAUUGUGCUCACCGAAGAAAACACGUGCAAGAUGACAUUAGGCAGGAGAAUGGGAUGCUUCUGAUGUUACAACAAUGUGUUACAGAUGAAGACAACCCAUUUUUAAGGAAGUGGGAGGAACCUAUAUUGGAAGGGAAUUCAGAAAACCAACAGGCAGUUGCUGAACUGGAGCUUCAAGGGUCAGUUGAUAUGCCUGAACUAGCUGGACUUGGUCUCAGAGUGGAGAUGGAUCAAAACACUAGGCGUGCAAAGCUUUGUUAAUAUCUCAUGAUGAUGCUGGCUUGGUUAAUUAAAUCAACUCUUUUGACCCGGGUAAAUAAAGUUUCGUAUGACGAAACCAUUUGCGAUUGUCACUCUUGCCUUAUCUGCUGCUGUCUCUGACUGACGAAGGAGUCCCAAUACACGAAAAGAAAGUAGGAUCUGAGAUUAUGGAGUGAAGAUAUAAAAGCUGCAUGUGCAUCGGAGAAACCACUGCAUGUGUAGGCUUAUUCUGUGUCCACUGAAUUAGGGCCUAUGCUGUCAACAGUAGGGUCUUCUUACCUGGUUGCCGGUUAUCACUCCCCUUAAACAGGCCAUUUUUGUUUCUCACGAACCGUACGAGGACGUUGCCCGCUCGUACUGCUCCCAGCCACUAGCAGCGUCUCAUUUUCCCGAAAGCCAGUCAUACCAUUCCACUCUAGCUAAGCUAAUGAUGAAAGAGGAUAUGGAUUUGUCUGCACUGUAGAUGUUGUUUUCAAAAUACUAUUAAUUCAGUAAGUGAUACACCAGCGUA